UGUCGCAGUCGUUUUCUUGCGGUGAGUUCAGCAAACGAAACUCAGUCAACAUUUAGAACUUGACGACGCGUGAACGUGGUGGAGAGUAAUUGUGUGUGACGUCGCGUGUUUGUUAAGAAAGUUUUGUAAAAGAAGUUUUGUGGUAAUUUUCUUAAAAGAAAACGAAAAUAAAUUACGAAAAUUUCGGAUAUACAAAAUAUUAAAUAAAGAAAAUUCUAACCCAAAUAAGGUGAAAAUUAUAUUAAAAGUUUAAAAAGAAAACCAAAGUUUAGCAAGAAAAGCUUAACACAAAUUAAGAAUAAAAAUUAAAAUAAAAAAAGUUUCUAAAAAUAUUUGCUUAAAAAAAACAAACAAACAAAUCUUAAAGAAAAGUUGUUAAUUAUUAGCAAUUUUCCUGUAAUCUACUAAACAAAGCUUUAUAAAAGCUUUUUAUCACAAAGUUCAUACUUUAAGCAGCAACAUGUUAGUGCCGUCGGAUAUGAUAGCGGCACAAUCCAAAAUGGUCUAUCAAAUGAACAAAUACUGUGCAGAUCGUGUUCAGACACGAAAAGCCCAGAUACACAAACAAAUACUCGAGGUGUGUCGCAUAGUUCAAGAUGUCCUCAAAGAAGUAGAGGUCCAAGAGCCUCGUUUCAUAUCCUCCCUUAACGAUUAUAAUGGUCGCUUUGAGGGUUUGGAAGUUAUAUCACCCACAGAAUUUGAAAUCAUCAUAUACUUGAAUCAAAUGGGUGUUUUAAAUUUUGUCGAUGAUGGCACACUGCCCGGCUGUGCGGUACUCAAACUAAGCGAUGGCCGCAAACGUUCCAUGUCUCUAUGGGUAGAAUUUAUAACAGCUUCCGGCUACUUGUCAGCCCGUAAGAUACGUUCACGUUUUCAAACGUUAGUUGCCCAAGCUUGUGAUAAAUGUGCUUAUCGAGAUAUAGUGAAAAUGAUUGCCGACACUACCGAGGUUAAGUUGCGUAUACGCGAAAGGAUUAUUGUACAAAUUACGCCUGCCUUUAAGUGUGCCGGCCUGUGGCCACGUUCUGCCUCACAUUGGCCCAUACCGGGUAUACCAUGGCCACAUCCCAAUAUUGUUGCAGAGGUUAAGACUGAAGGUUUCGACAUGUUAUCGAAGGAAUGUAUAGCGUUGCAGGGUAAAAACUCUGCUAUGGAAGGCGAUGCCUGGGUGUUGAGCUUUACAGAUGCUGAAAAUCGUUUGUUACAAGGUGCCAGUCGCCGUAGAUGUUUAAGUAUUUUAAAAACCCUGCGUGAUCGUCAUUUAGACCUGCCCGGUAAUCCCGUCACUUCAUACCACUUGAAAACAUUACUACUCUACGAAUGUGAAAAACAUCCCCGGGAAAUGGAGUGGGAGGAGAAUUGUAUUGCCGAUCGUAUUAAUGGUAUAUUCUUGCAAUUAAUCUCUUGUCUACAGUGCCGUCGGUGUCCACAUUAUUUUUUGCCAAAUAUGGAUUUAUUUAAAGGCAAAUCACCGGGUGCUUUAGAAAAUGCCGCCAAACAAGUUUGGCGUCUAACACGUAUAAUGUUAACAAAUGCACGAUGUCUAGAGGAAUUGUAAAGAGCACAAAAAAAUGCGCACAAAAUUACAUUUAGUAACUAAAAAACAUACACACACAAAAAAAAUUCCCCCUUAUUUAGUUGGGGGCAAAAACACAAAGAUAUUGUUAUAAAAACACAAAACAAAACUUAAUUGUAUAAUAGUUAAACAAAAAAUUUUUUAUAUUUUUCGCUUAUUUAAUUUAUUAGAUUUUUAUUUUGUAGUAUUUAGUUUAGGUUUUUUUUUAGUUGUUAGAAAAUAAAUUAUUAGGGCCUAAAUUUUAAUGGAAAUUUUUAAGGUUUAAAAAAAAAUUCAUUUUUUUGUUAUAUAAAUUACAAACCGUUUCAUUAUACAAAAAGACAUUUUAGAAAUGUGUUCGCCUUGAAAGGAAAAUUUAGAGAAAUUUCUGCACUUCUAGCAACUUAUCAAAGGUUAAAAAAAAAAUAUUUUCAUACAAAAUUUGCUCUUUAAACCUUUUAUAAAUGUUUAUCAAAUUUAUAAGAAACUAAUAUAGGAUGGAAUAUUGUUAAAUUGUUACCAUUUGUUUACAAAGAAAUUGUGUAAAAUUUUUAAAAAGUAUAAGUUAAUCAAGAAGAAAGUAAUAUUUCACGUACUUUUUGUUUCUGGUACUUUAUGCUCUGCUAAAAGGAAAACAUUACUAAAUCACAAAUAAAUAAUACAUUUUCAAAUCAAUAAACUAUUCCUAAAGUAAAUUCUCUUGAGCUUUUUAAAAAGGAAGAGUGCUAUUUGUGAACUUUUAAAAUUAAUAGUUCUAAUUGUUAUGCAGAUUGUUACUACAAUGCUCGACUAAAAUGCUCGCUUACAAAUAGGGAGUUAAAUAAGUCAUUACCAUUACUUGCUUAUACAUAGGGACCUAAAUGAGCUAUUAAAAAACAUACGCAUGUAAAGCACUAGAAAACAUAUGGCGUGUUUCAUUUAAUGCGAACGAACAAUUUGUUUCUCGUUUUAUAUUGAAAACAACAAAUAAACAAAUUGUUAUUGUUUUCAAUAUAAAAUGUUCGGUCGCAUUUAGAGAAAUAGGCUGUUAAUAACAAGUUCUUGCUGGACUAUUUUCGAAAAAAAAAUGGCAUCAAAUAAAUAACAUUUGUAGUGAUGAAAAACUUGUAAACUAUUUUCGGGAUCAGCUCUUGAUAUCGCCUUUUCAGUAGCAACUCCGUUAGGUUUUAUAAAUAACAGUAUCCUCACAUUCUUACUUCAGAAUGUUGAAGAUAGAUGGAAUAAUCUAGGCACGUGUAAAGGGACUAAUCCAUUGUAGCCUUCUUUCAAUGAGAAACGCACCAGACACCUUAUAAUAACAAGACCUGUCACAGUUUCAGACAAAGGGAAGAAACGGUCUCCCAUAUUCUCUGUGAAUGUCCUAUUCUAGCCGCUAAGAGCAACUUUUUUUUGCAGUCACUUCAUAGGCAACCUCGGUGAGAUAGUUUGCAUACCAUAGGACUACUAAACAGAUCAUAUAUGUACUCCAUAGGCACAGGAAUAGUUUGGUAUUAAAUUAAUAAGAUUCAUUCAAACUUCUUAGAAUUAAUUAAAUAUAAGAAAAUAUCAACUAUUCCGUUAGCUACUGAGAUAACUCAAAUGCCCGAUAACUCAAAAUUCCCGAACCCCAAACUCUAACCAUUAUAAAUACCUUUCAUGGACUUUUUAUAGACUUUUAGGGCAGUUUGUUUUAGAAUAAUUAUCAAAAUAGUACCUUUUAAGUACAAAGUUUGUUGGACUUUUGGUAGAAACAAUACCGUUUGAUCAAGAAAAAUAUCAAUAACUGCAAUCAAAAAGUGUACCAUAUUAAAUUACUUAUCGGAGUAAAGUCUAGGAACAAGUCUAUUGACUCGCCUACGGACUACUAAGUACAUAUAUGUAUACAUUGGCUGGUCUAUUGUCUAAUAUACAUAUGUUUGUAUUUACUAGUUUAGGACUAGGCUACUGAAAAGUCUAUUGAUAAGUUUAUUGACUGCUCCAUGGGCUAGUCUAUUGACUAAUCCGUAGACUAGCUUAUCGACUACUCUAUGGACUUAUCUAUUGACUAAUCUAGGCUCUGAUCUAUUUACUAGUCGAUUUAAUAUUUUAUGGAAUAGUCCACUGACAAGUCUACGGACAUGUUUAUUAACAAGUCUACAGACUAGUCCAUUCACAACUCGAUUAGCUAUGAACUUAUUAUCACACUUGUCUAUUGAUAAAUAUAUUGCCCAUUGACUACUCUAAGGACUUAUAUAGGGACUAGACUCCCUAUGGAAUCUAUGGUCUAGACUGCGGAACUAUUACGUGUCGUCUGUGGACUAAUAAACCUACCCUAUUGUCAAGUUUUCAGACUUUUCUAUGGACUAGCCAUAUGUUUAUUUGAUUUUUUUAACUAUUGAAUUAUAAUAUUAAUUUAAUAUAUUUCGGUCUUGAGUUCGAAUCCCACUUGGGAAUAAUAUUUUUUCUACAAACUCUAAUGAUAACAAUACUUUUACUUUAUUACAUUUUCUAAAAUUCCAAUUUUCCUAUAUUCUUAGACGAACACAUUAUAAAAGCUAAUUUUAUUAAAGACAUUACAACCAGUGACUUAAAAGAAUUAAUUUAUUAAGCAUUUUCUUCUUUAAGUUUUAUGCCAAAAUAAUUAUUCUUUUUUUAUUUAAAUUUAAGUUAAAAUUUCCAUAAAACUAAAAACCAUGUAAAUUUUAAACAAAAAAAAUCCCAAAAAUUAUAUUUAGAGAAAAUUUUGAUAAAAAAAACUUA